AUGGGAGAUGUAAAUAAAUAUGGGAGAAAUUAUGUGCGGGGAAAAACAUUAAGCGAGGAUAUGGUCUCCCUUGUAAUCGAUGAAAUAGUAGAUAUGGGUGGCGAUACUGCGACAGGCUUUUUUGAACAGUACAGUGCAGUUGCUUCUAAGUUCAAACUAUCUCCUAAGACUACGAAAAAGGUUUGGAUGCAAUUUUGUAAAUCUGGGCAACUAAAGCCAAAAAAAUCAUGCGCAUCUGGUGUCAAACAUUUAAAACCUGAAGACUUAGACUUCAUAGAAUUCCUCAAGACUGAUAAACCAUCCAUGUCAUCAGGCGAUUUGCUCAAGGAAGUUGAACGCCACUGUGUUAUUCCCGAAGGGACAAGCCGAGAAGCGAUAAACAGGGCAGUGAGGAACUUUAUGCACGAUGGGAAAUGGUCGAGGAAAGUAAUGUGUCGACCUGCCGCAGAAAAAUUCACUCCAGAAAAUAUCGCUUAUUGUCAGGAAUAUUUAAAUUACGUUUCAACAGUAGACCCUUUUCGCCUUAAAUUUUUUGACGAAGCAGGCGUAAAACUCCCUGAUGUAGGGAACCCUAAAUAUGGCCACUCGUUGGUUGGAAAACCGUGUGUUGAGAUUCAGCGAAACUCACAGACACCAAAUAUUACGCUCAACCUAUUGUCAGGAGCAGACAGUAUAAUGUACGCCAACACAACGCGCGGGGCAAGCAACACAGUAAAAUUUCUCGAGUUUUUUGGUGAAGCAUCGCGAAAUUUCCAGCCUGAUGGCAAACCCAUACUCGAAUAUGGUGACCAUAUUAUAAUGGACAACUGUUCAAUUCACCAUUUUCAAGGUGGGCAAGUCCUUGGCGAAUGGCUGGAUGAUAUAGGUUGUGUACUUAUGUACCUACCGACUUAUUCGCCAGAACUGAACCCGGUAGAACUAGUAUUCAACAAACUAAAAACAGUGUUGAAAAGAGCAGAGUACAGAGACUUGUUGAGAGACAACCUGCAUGUUGCCGUUUUUGAAGGCUUGAAGCAAAUAGAACCAAACGAUAUGCAUGGGUUUUACCGUUAUACUGGAUAUAUUGAUAUCUAA